AUGCGGCUUGUCGGCGGCGGCGCUCGAAAAGCGCGCUUCUCUGCUGGCGUGCCAGUAGCCCAGCGCACGCGCAACGACAGCGUUGACGUCGGAAGCGCCGCUCAGCGCCGUUUCUCGGCGUCCCGCCGCGGCGGCGCUCUGCUGCCUAUAACCGCCGCGGCACAGUGCUGCUCUCGCCACAGGUCUUGUGCCGCGCACCGCGCUACUUCGGGUGGGCCGCCGCUCGGGCUGUCGAGAGAGAGAGAGAGGCAGGAGGCGGGCUUUUCCUCCCUACCGAAACCACUCACACGUAACACUCUCGACGCACCUGCUGUCACCACACCAUCCGCCGAAGCUUCUUUUCUGUGGCACACCAUCUUGAACCCCUCGGUGAAUCCAACCGCGAGUGGCGAGACGACCAGGCGCUGUCGCAUUCCUCCCGUCACCGGCGAAGAAAGUGGUGCAGCCGGCCUUUGGAUUCGGCGCCACCGGCGACGCUUGCGAAGAAGAUCUCCGGGCAGACGUACUCGCCGUGUCCAAGAGCAGACGACGACGUGCUGCUGCGUCGUCUGCAGCGGACAAGCCGGGGCGCGGUUGCGUAAAAACGGCUUCGCGCCACGGUCCCGUUUGCCGAGGAGGUCCCGUGGUGGCGAGACCACGCCUUUUGACGGCCCUGCCUUGCCAAGGUUGUGUCCGACCUGCGUUGGGAGAAACUAAAUUACCAGCUAGAGU